AAAAUAUCUAAACAUACCCCCUCUCUCUCUCCUCUACCCACUCUAUUCUCUCGCCGAACUCCUCCCCCCUCUUCCCUUCUUUUCUCUACUCCAUUCUCAUGCUCUUAUUUCCCAUCUUCUUCUUCCUUUUUUUCUUCCUCUAUAACAAGGAACAAAAUAGAAGGCAACAUGGCCAUAUCAAGCAGAGUCAUCUCGUCUUCAGCUACUCCCUCUUCUAUCGUUUUUUCCCAUUUCAAAUGUGGGAGCUAUAAUGCUCGAAUGAACAGAGGCCGUUUUGGAUGCAACCUCAAGGGAAGACAACGACAACGGUGCAAAUCAAGAAGCUUUGAAUGACUUUAGCAGAUCUUCUUUUCUUGUUUUUGUUUUCUUGAUUUUUCGUUGUGUUUUCGAAAUAAAAGGGGUUGUCUGUCUGACAGACAACUUGUAAGUGCAGUGUCUGUAUUUGUUAGUAAGACUCGUGAAGUUGUCUGUCAUUUGAUUGUUAGUUGUCUGUAUUUGUUUUGAGUUGUCUGUAUUUGUUUCAAGUUGUCUGCCAUUUGUUGUGAGAAGUCUGUAAGAGUCG